AUGAAACAGUUCCUUGUACUGGUGUUUGUGGCCCUCUUGGGAGUACGGGGGGACAAUGAUAACGAUCACCAUCACAGUCACAGCAGCAGUGGUGGCAGUGGUGGCAGCGGUGGGAGUGGAAGUAGAGGUGGAAGUGGAAGUAGUUGGACAAGCGGCGGAGGUGGAAGUGUGUCAUCACAUAGCAGCUCAGGUUCUAGUCAUGGCGGCCAUGCAGGCGGAAGUGGUCAUGUAAAGGGUCAUGUCAAAUCAGGUGGAUCUCAUAUUGUUGAGACCAUCCCGGUUCAUACGUACCAGGUGCAGUAUGUUCAACCACCACCCACGCAGUAUCACACUAUUUACCAGCAUGUCCCUACUCCCUAUUUUGGCGGGUAUCGCAAUGGAGGUUUCGGCGGUCCUGGAUUCAAUGGCGGCUGGGAUGGUGAUUAUUCGGGAAUGCACGGUGGGCCUGGUGGGCCUGGUGGUCCUGUGCACAUCAGCUACUCCACAUUCAACCAUGUAUAUGGUGGCAACGGUGGAUAUGGACCAGGUCCAGGCUAUUACAGUGGUGGCCCAGGGGGAUACUGGGGUAAUGGAGGGCCUGGUUUCGGAGGUCCUGGAUUCGGAGGCCCUGCUUACGGAGGUCCCGGAUGGGGAAACCGUCGGGGUUAUAACCAUGGCUACAGCGGAUAUUCCAAAGGCAAACCCUACUGAAGAUGCUGUUCGAAAAAAAACAUUACUUAAGAAUCGGCUGUACUCGAUACGAUGUGAUAUAACUAUCGAAGAUCAAUUCCUGGAAACUCACCGAGAGACCUUCAAUCCGGUCCUCCGUACAAACAACUGAUUUCUAGAAUAACAUCUCUCAUAAUGACAAUGGAUCGAUCCAAAUUAACCAAGCAAGUAAUAAUGAGGUAACAUUGUAUCAAACAAUUUUUAGCGUGAAAUAUCAUGUUUAAAGACGACAUACUUCACAGAUUUUAUGAAAAUGUAGAGGUGUUACUGUUUUUGUAAUAAACUAAGUGUCACUACAUGUGGAGUUUCUUAAACUCAAUUUGAUGUGUCUGGGCUUUUUUACACCUUUCCACUGAGGAUGACCUCGCUCAAGGCAUAACGAUACAACAGAAUUGGAGAAAAACUGUCUAACUAGCUGGUAACCCACGCGACAUCACUUACAGUUAUCGCAUGUCUUUUAAAUAAAAGGAAAA